CCAGUUUCUUGCUGCCCCCCGAGCCGCGCGAUGACUGCGGCGGCCCUGCGGCCCACGGACUCGUCCUUGAACCAGAUCAGCCUGGAGUACUCUUACGCUGAGCUCCAGCAGGCGACCCGCUGCUUCGACGCCACCACUCGACUGGGCCACGGGUCCUUCGGCGGGGUGUUCCGCGGCAUCCAGAGGGACGGCACGGAGGUGGCCGUCAAGGUGCUGGAUGUGCCCGAGGAGGGCGGCUUCGAGGAGGAGGUCCGGGUGCUGAGCAAGUUCCGGCACCCGAACCUGGUCAUCCUCAUGGGCUUCGGCCGGCACGAGUCGAAGCGGUUCCUCGUGUACGAGCUGCUCGCGGGGGGCGACGUGCACAGGAGGCGUGCGGCGGCCGCUCUUCCGCCGCGCGUGCUCGUCGCG